UUGAGGCAGGAUAGGGUUAAAAUGAAGUUGCUUGAGCUAACUGCAUAUCUUGCUUCUGUGCAAAAUGCUUUGGCUUGCAAAAUGCAUUUUGUUUAAGAUAACUAGACUUUAGCUGACCUUGUAACAUGUGAUGACUGUGCUAGCUGAUUUGGUAACAUGUGAUGAAUGUGCUAAUGCUUUUAUGAGAUAAUGGAGCAUGUGAUAAUUAUUUUAGGAGCUAUGUUGAGUUUUUGGUUAUGAUGACCCCGUGUUUAUGCCUACUCAAGGUCUUCUGUCCCCUCACCCUGGAAGUUUGUCAUGCAUCUUAUGAUGGUUUGUCAUGCUGUGGUUUAUCUUGUGAUUCUUUGUGUCAUGCUAUGGAGAUAUGCUAAUAUUGUGGUUUUCAAUUUUAAAUACGCUGUGCGGUUGAUGAUUGCCGCCUCUCUUCUCACACUGCACCAGAGAGUGUUGUUGUGCUUAGAGUUGGCCCAUCUGCGCAGAUGUAAUAAACUUCCUCUUGCUUUUAUUGCAUCGGUUGGACUGGAAUUCGUGCUUCUGGGGGUCUCUCUCUAUAGGACACCAAUUUUUGGGGUCCUACAUUGGGGGCUCGUCCGGGAUUUGGAGACCCCAGACCCACGCUCCAUUUUCCAAUCGGAGGAUUUUAAAAAACUUUUGGAAGAAGCAGUCCCUGACUCUACUCUUCGAUCUCUUUGCCAUGGAGCCGGCGCCUGAGACACGGGGCCUUGAGGGACCGGGAAGCUCUGCCUUCCCCUGCUACUUGUCGCCUGACCUUCGGCCCUCAGAGGAAGGCGCUGGGACCUGGCAUCUACAGCAGCUGGACACCCCACGCGUCUUUGGGGCCCCCUUGGCCACCACCGUGCCCCCCCGCAGCCCUCUCCUUGAGGAGCCCUCCCCGGCUGGCUCCUCGCAUAGGGACAGCCAGGGGUAUCAGCUGAGGCGGGAGCGCAACUCCAUCGCCGUGCGUAAGAGCAGGGACAGGGCCAAACACAUUCGGGAGCUGCAAGAGAAGGUGUUGGAGUACAGGCUGGAGAACGAGCGGCUGCGCGAAUGCGUGAAGCAGCUCACAGAGGAGCUGGCCGUCCUGCGCAGCCACUUGGGAGUUACCGUACAGAUUUGGGAUACUGUCAUUGCUAAGAGAGUACCGCUGACCCAGCAGUGCCAAAGUUAAGUGAAAAUGGUAAAAUGUUUACAGUAAGUCGAAGAGGGUGUGUGAAAGUCGAAGAGGGUGUGUGAAAGUCACAAAAAGUAUUUGGGCCAAUUCAGCUGGACAGGCACCAGGUAUCAACCCAAAUUUGUAUGACUUCUUCAGGGAAAAUUUUGAUGCCUUUACACAAUUUUUAUAGGGAAGCAGCUGGCUGCCGUAUACCAGUCCAAGUGCCCUGUGCUGCCACACUCGUUCCAGGCUGGGGACACCGUCUACAUUCGCAGGCACCAAACCACGAAGCUGCGCCGGACCACCUCACCAACAGUAAAAGUCAACGGAUUCAUCACCUAAGGAUCGGCGUGACGGUGGCCAUCGCCUUGGCCGUCUUCGUGCCCUCUGACUCCAUUAUCAUCUGCUUCACCCGCUCCUGCUGCUGUCUGUACAAGAUGUGCCGCCGACCGCGCCCGGUUGUUGUCACCACCACAACGCACUCAAAAACCCCUAGAGAUAAGACUAUUUUGCCCAUUUUGCUCUUAGUGUUCUUUUUUAGCAUGGUUAUAGGAAGCUCAAGCCCUCAUACUCCUUAUCAAAUUACUUGGCGACUUAUUAAUUUAAGAAACGGAGUGACUGUUAACAGCUCCUCCAGUUUUAAUGUUCUUAGUGAUUUCUUUCCAGACUUGUAUUUUGAUCUUUGCCAACUUUUUGAUGCUGAAGAUAUAUGUGUGUGGAAGGGAGGAACCUAUGCCUGUCCCGGGGGAAAGAAUGGAAAAUCUAUCCCAGGUUGCGGGGGCCCUGAGGUGGGGUACUGUGGGGCAUGGGGAUGUGAAACCACUGGAAGUGCAUACUGGAAACCCUCCUCUUCAUGGGACAUGAUUACUAUCGGAGCGGCUCCAGGCAUAACGUUUACCGAAUGCGGGGGCAGGGAUUGUAGUAAUUGCCUGGAUGGGACGAUGGGUAGGUGCCACCUCCAGGUCCUUCGCUUCACUGAUAAGGGCAAACAGGACAAAUGGGUGGGGCCUAAAUCAUGGGGCAUCUACUUGUAUAGACCGGCUAAAGAUCCCUUUGCCCUAUUCGCCUUGAGCCGGACGAUUACUGUCGCGUCCGUACCGGUUGGACCAAAUAAGAUAUUAACAAAACAUAAGAGCCCAACCUCCCGACAGUUUAAAAAGGGAAAACCCCACGGGCAAGUACUUGUCAGGAAUCAGCCCAGUCAGAUGUCCACUAACAAUCAGUCUAGAUUGGUUUCCCCGACACCCGCAUUUCCAAAUAAGCACGUAGUAACCGCGCCCCCUUUUCCCUCUUUACCCAAAACGGAGAAUAGGCUCCUCAGCUUAAUACAUGGGGCCUACCAAGCACUAAAUAAUUCUGAUUCCGAUAGGACCCAGGAUUGUUGGAUGUGCCUUGCCUCACCUCCCCCUUAUUAUGAGGGAGUGGCUGUCAUUGGAAAUUGGACCAACCAUACUACCGUCCCUCCCCAGUGCUCUAAUCUGCCAUCUCACCGGCUAACUCUUACCGAAGUAUCAGGACGGGGGCUUUGUGUAGGCUCCGUUCCCCCUCAAUAUCAGGGCCUCUGUAACAAAACCAUGACCCUCAAACCGGGCGCCUAUUAUUUAACAGGGCCAGAUGGGGUAUAUUGGGCAUGCAAUACUGGCCUAACCCCCUGCCUGGCAGGACAAGCUCAUAAUCAAACACAUGAAUGGUGCAUCAUGGUUGAAGUAUGGCCUCGAGUUACGAUACAUAACUCUGAGGAAGUCUACCGACACUAUGAGGGAAAUCUCCGGCUCCCUAGGGAACCCGUAUCCAUAACCCUAGCCCUCAUAUUGGGAGGACUCACAGUCGGAGGCAUCGGAGCAGGCAUAGGUACCGGAGCCACUGCCCUUUCAAAGGCAAAUCAUUAUCAUCAGUUACAGCAAGCCAUGCAUUUAGACUUACAAGCUCUGGAAGAAUCGGUCAGUGCAUUAGAAAAAUCCUUAACCUCACUCUCGGAGGUAGUAUUACAAAACAGACGAGGGCUAGAUUUAUUAUUUCUAAAGGAAGGAGGACUUUGUGCAGCCUUAAAGGAAGAAUGUUGUUUCUAUGCGGAUCACACUGGGGUGGUCAGAGAUAGCAUGGCAAAACUCAGAGAAAGAUUAAAACAACGGCAGAGCCAAUUUGAGGCAGGGCAAUCAUGGUUUCAGAGCUGGUUUAAUUCAUCCCCUUGGCUUACGACUUUAAUCUCCUCUAUUGCAGGACCCUUAGUAAUAUUACUCUUAAUUUUAACCAUCGGACCCUGCAUACUAAAUAGGCUUGUUCAGUUUGUUAACGAUAGAUUGUCUGUCACCCAUGCCUUAAUUCUAACACAACAACAUCAAAGUUUAAAAUCACAAGACAUAGAAAAUAAAUUUUAAAAUACAGCUAUUCCUAAAUUUUAAGAUUAAAAUUUGACCAAAAAAAAAAGGGGGGAAUGUGAAAUUGAGGCAGGAUAGGGUUAAAAUGAAGUUGCUUGAGCUAACUGCAUAUCUUGCUUCUGUGCAAAAUGCUUUGGCUUGCAAAAUGCAUUUUGUUUAAGAUAACUAGACUUUAGCUGACCUUGUAACAUGUGAUGACUGUGCUAGCUGAUUUGGUAACAUGUGAUGAAUGUGCUAAUGCUUUUAUGAGAUAAUGGAGCAUGUGAUAAUUAUUUUAGGAGCUAUGUUGAGUUUUUGGUUAUGAUGACCCCGUGUUUAUGCCUACUCAAGGUCUUCUGUCCCCUCACCCUGGAAGUUUGUCAUGCAUCUUAUGAUGGUUUGUCAUGCUGUGGUUUAUCUUGUGAUUCUUUGUGUCAUGCUAUGGAGAUAUGCUAAUAUUGUGGUUUUCAAUUUUAAAUACGCU